AUGGAGAGAGAGUUGGCAGUCCUCCCGGAAGAUCUUGAUUCAGCUUAUCAUCGUAUCAUCGUACGCUUGGGAAAGCAAAAGGACAGGCGAAUGGUGGAGCAGACUCGGAGACUCCUGGGAUGGAUCGCAUGCUCUCCGUCUCCACUGACUAUUGAGGAAGCUCACCAAGCAUUGGUUGUAAGGCCUGACGACCGGAACCAAGUCUUUAAUAUGGUGGCAAAGCUCGACGUUGUCGAGUUUCUCGGCCCAAUCGUCGAGACUGCAGAUGGCUACAUACGCUUUGUUCACUUCACCGCCAAAGAAUAUGUCACCAGCUCCCACCUUGGAGCACAGCUGAUUGACUUGAACCUGGCCACUAUGGAUUUGGCUGUGAGAUGUAUAGGCUAUUUAUGCCAGCAACACCAUGACCCCGACAUGCCGCCCGAUGAGCGUUCAAAGCAUGUCCUUACUGGUCAAUACAGCUUUCAUGCCUUUUCAACAAAGAUGUGGUUCGAGCUGGUCUAUCUUAGCAAGGUGGACGAGGAUGAGAUUGAGGGUGAGAGCCGGUAUAACAGCGAGGAUGAAGCCGAUUUUGAGGCGUUGAAGAGGACACAACCUCUUCUGUAUGGACUUCUCUGCCGAAUCUCACAAUUUCGCAACUCAUAUUCUCUUUCCACUGGCAAGAUGAGUCAAGAAACACGCAUGAACAAUCUCAUGAUCAACCUCUGA